UAAAAACUAUCGAGUUAGACUGUCCGUAAGCAGGUCACAAAAUGUUGCUGCAGGUGCAUUAGACUGAUAACCCGAAAAGGUGUGAGCUCAAUCCGAUAUCGAAGCAGCGUCAAUGGCUUCUCGGUCACUCUUCCUCACUCUCAGACGGAAAUGCAGUGCGAGCAGCGUCGUCAGCAACACUUUGCGACCCAAUCUUUCUAGAUUGUUCUCUUCAGGUGCUCUCAGCAGUGAAUGUGUCCAAGACUCUCAGGAAAAUGAGGACCUCAAGAGCAGAAUCUUCAGGGUGAGGCUGCCCAAGCGAAGCGUCACCAACGUUCUUCAGAAUUGGGUCAGUGAAGGCAACCAAAUUACCCUUUCAGAGCUUCGUCAUAUCUCGAAGGACCUUAGGAAGUCUCAGCGUUACAAGCACGCUCUCGAGAUAUCCGAGUGGAUGGUCAGCCAUGGUGAAUAUGAGGUAUCAGAUUCUGACUAUGCAGUCCGCAUUGUCUUGAUGACAAAAGUUUUUGGUAUCGAUUCUGCGGAACGCUACUUUGAAGGUCUACCUCUUACUGCAAAAACUACUGAGACCUAUACUGCUCUCCUCCACUCUUAUGCUGGGGCUAAAUUGACUGAAAAGGCUGAGGACCUUUAUGAGAAAAUAAAGGAGUCUAAACUUUCCCUUAGUGCCCUUACAUACAAUGAGAUGAUGACUAUGUACAUGUCAGUGGGGCAAGUGGAGAAGGUCUCUUUAGUUGUUGAAGAACUGAAACGGCAGAAGGUUGCCCCAGAUAUCUUCACAUACAAUCUCUGGAUAAGUUCAUGUGCUGCAACUCUGAAAAUUGAUCAAGUUCAACAGAUUUUAGAUGAAAUGAGAUAUGAUCUUGGUUUUGGUGAAGAUUGGGAGAGAUACAUUAACCUGACAAAUAUCUAUGUUAGCGUUGGGCAUCUUGUGAAUGCAGAGUCCAAUUCUCUAGUAGAAGCUGAGAAAGGAAUCACACAAAGAGAAUGGAUUACAUACGACUUCCUCAUUAUUUUGCAUGCUGGUUUAGGAAAUAAAGACAGAAUUGAUCAGAUAUGGAAAUCCUUGAUAAUGACGAGACAAAAGAUGACAAGUAGAAACUAUAUUUGCAUUCUUUCUUCGUAUCUAAUGCUUGGACAGCUAAAAGAAGUGGGAGAAGUUAUUGAUCAGUGGAAGCAAUCAACCACUACAGAUUCUGUUGUUUCUGCCUGUAAGAGGCUUUUGAAUGCAUUCACAGACGUUGGAUUCACCGAAAAAGCCCACGACUUCAAGAUGCUUCUGAUUCAGAAGAACUGUGACCCUACAAAUUCAUUAGAGUAGAACCAAAAAUGAGUUUUGUAUGAGGUAAUGGAACGUGUAUAGGCCAAUUUUGUGAUGUCUGGACCAUUUGGAAGAGGAAAUAAUUAAAAGGUUCUUGCAGAUUUUCCUUAUACCAAAUGACUGAAUAAAACGCCAGUAUGAAACCGUCAUUGAGUUGGUACUUGUGCUGCUUGCUUU